AGGAAGCUCAAAUCUUUAGGCGGCUCAAUUCUGACAUUUGAUAAACAAUUUCGCCACAAUUUAAUAAACGAAUAAAACAUUAAAAGGAGUGAUAGAGGCUUAAACGCUAGAUUAUACAAUAUCCGGCCUACGAUAAUAUUAGGGUGACUAAGAUGCAAAACUGUGAGAGCCCUGAAAAUAAAAAUGAUUUAAAUUUUGUAAACAAAGCUCAGCCGAUAACACCAACAAUCCCGCUUAAGAAGAAAGUAAAGAGAGCAGCCACAACAACUCGCAAAAAAACAUUGGAAGACUUGGAUGUUGAAAAACCACGCAAAACAGUUAUUAAGACUGACAUACAGACCACAGCGAAGAAAUCAAGGUGGAAAGAACCUCCAUCGAGCCAGUUAAGAAUUAAUAGUUUUUUCAAGAGCUGUUCGAAGUCAUACAAAAUUGAAACCUGUACAGUAAAGGACGACAUAAUUUGUUCAAAGGCGCAAGCGAAUAAGAAAUCUAAAACGAAUGAAAAGUGUGACGCACGUGGUUUGAACAGCGCACAGAGGAAUAAAGGGCGAAAGCGUUUGUUUAAAGAGGACGAAUGCACAACUAUGAGCGGCUUAUCGGAUAUGAAACCAACAGGUCCCAACUCCACACAUGGGAAAGAAAAAUUUAAAGAUGAAUUAGAUGUCAUAAUUGAUUUGAUCUCGGAUGAUGAUGUAGAAGAGGAAGAUGUAAAACCCAAUUUGAAGGAGCUGAAACCACAGUUGUGUUCAAAUGUGGUCAAAAAGUGUCCACGCUUCUCCGAAAAUAACGGUAUACAUUCUCCGGUGAUGGUUUCUAUACCUGUGCGGCAAAAAAACAUCGAAACAACUGGUGAAGAAUCAAAUUUAAUGUCUAAUCUUAAGCAUAGUUCAAAAAAACGGUCAAUUAUAACAAAGACAGAUGGGUUGUCAAGAGAAAAUGGAAAUGUAAAACAUAAUAAAAAACGUGCCCAAGUGAAAGAUGAAACAAAUCUGUGCCAAAGAGACCUGCCUCGUUUGACGAGCACUGCAAUAAAUAAAAAACAUAAAAUGGCUGUAAACGAUAAAGAAAAUACGACUGAAGAACCACUUCUUGAGCAGAUUCCUACACCACCGCAGACCAGCAUAGAUAGAUUUAGUAGCGAUCGCGUAUCCAAUUUGGACUGCUCCCUAGCCGCUAAAGAUGAGUUUGUUGAAACUAGAAAUGUUUCUCGAAUUCCGGUGCAAGAUUCCAGACCUGCGCCCACUUCAAAAGGUGGACGAGUGAAGAAAGUGCGUGUUUGCCCACCUUUUAAAAUUGUAGCUGGCACUACAUUUGCAGUCGAUGCCUUCCAAUAUGGGCAGAUUGAAGGUGUUACUCAUUACUUCCUUACACACUUCCAUGCGGACCACUACCAAGGGCUGACGCGUAAAUUUGCAAUGCCGUUGUAUGUGAGCUCACUCACAGCGCGCCUGUUGCGAGCCCUUAUACCAGUGGAAGAACAAUACGUACGCGAAAUUAACUUGAACGUGCCACUAGUUGUUAACGGCAUAGAAGUCACGGCAAUUGAUGCAAAUCAUUGUCCCGGUGCUGUCAUGUUUGUGUUUAAAUUGCCCACCGGCCGCUGUAUUAUACACACGGGCGAUUUUCGUGCCUCACCCGACAUGGAAUCAGAGCCCAUAUUUUGGAACAAUUGGAUUGAUACAAUUUACCUCGAUACCACAUAUAUAGCACACAAGAACAAUUUUUGCUCACAAUACGAGAGUAUCGAUCGCGCCAAAAGUAUAAUAGAAGAAUUCCGCCAAAAGCGCCCAACAACGCGCGUUUUAUAUAUCUGCGGUUCCUAUGUAAUUGGUAAAGAACGCUUUUGGACGCGUCUCGCACAGGAGUUCGGUUUGAAAGUAUGGACGGAGAAGAAUCGAUUGACAGCUUUACAGGCCAUGGAUUUGGAAGAAGUGCGUGGAUUGCUCUGUGAUGAUCCUUAUAUGGCGCAGAUGCAUGUAAUAUCGAUUGGCAAAGUGAGCUACCAAUCUCUAGUCGAAUACUUCCGUCCGUUUCAAACUAAUUUCGAUGCUGUACUCGCAUUUCGCCCAUCUGGCUGGGAGAAAAAUGGCAAACCGUCGCUGCGUGGCCAAAUUAAUAUCGUUGGCAUUGAAUACUCCGAGCAUUCCAGUCACGCGGAGUUGGAGCGAUUCGUAACGUACUUAAAGCCACGUGAAGUGAUAAGCACCGUACCUAUAAUGCAGGGUAAUCCCUGUAUAACACCAAAGAUACCAGAGAAGUGGUAUAAAUAUGACACCCUAAAGAGUAGGAGACGCAAUUUCCAACCUUCGAUUACCAGUUUCAUAAAAAUAAGACCUCAAAAGCGUUCACACUCAUCUACCAAGCUGAUCACGAAUUGUGUGAGUCCUACAAAAUCUAGUUGCGCGCAGAACGAGUUGUCUCAACUGAGUGUACGUGUCAUGACUACCUGCGUUCUACCGGAAGUGAAGCGAGAUGUGAGUACGGACCAGCAGGCGACGCCAAGCAAAGCUUCAGCUACAGUUAUCACGUUGUUGUCAGAUUGACUAUUACCAGUCUUGGUUAAGCGGAGCUUUGAGUUGGGGGUUUUUACUUUUGAAUUUUUACGCAUCUUCAUGGCGCUAUAUAGGUGCACGAGCUUUAAGACGACAUUACUUGGUUAGGAAAUUAAUUAAGCUGCAAUUUGUUUAGCGGUUAAGUUAAAACUUCUUGAUAAGUCAAUUUGUUUUUAUAUGGAUUUAAAUAAGCAUAAAUUGUUAACAAAGUCAAUUUAAAAAUA